CAUCAAAGAUGGAAAACAAAUCGGCGCAUGUUAAAAAACUGUCAAACCCACUUGCAGUGAGGUCGCCUCUGGCGCUAGCUGUAGAUUUCAGCGAUGAGAAAAUUCCGGCACUUCCUGCUCGCAGGCGUCUGUCGCAGCCGGCCAUUAUGCCUCUUGCGGCGGAAGCGUAUGUCAACACGUCAGUUGGCCAGGUAUCAGUUCGUCCCUUUACGUGGAAGAGUGAGGAUCUGACCGAAAAUGACGCCAAUGUUAACGCCUACGAAUCCGUUGCAACAGAAGAAUGCGUAUUGUCGGUGGCCCAUGAUGACUCAAAGUAUGUUGCCAGAUGA